UGAAGUUCUUCUCCACUUUCGUUUGACUAACUAUCGAUAUUUACACAGCAAUUGGACAAUUUGUCUGCAAUUGUAAGCCCGACACCUGACUCUUCUUCUCUCGUCUGUGGAAACCUAUACCUUAGACUCACGUUGCUAAGCCGGGACGGAUGUUUUAUAUACGGCAAGGAAUCGAUUCCCAUGCAACCGUGGCAAAUAGUGGACAUUGAGGGUUGCCUCUACUAUGCCUUCCUUCCAGCGAAUCAAACGCCGAAGCUCGUCGCGGACCUCCGCGAGAAAGCGAUCGGGAAAUCAGCGGCUGACGACGACGCGGAAGAGAUAUUUAUGAUCCCGGGCGACGGCGAGACAAGCGAUGAUCUCUGUUCCGUCAAGGUGAAGAAGGAAGAGGUCGACGACGACGUCGCGUCGGCGAACGAGGACCACGACGUGUACGACGACGCGAAAGUGUACGCCUGCGAGGAGUGCAACAUCUGCUUCCCGGUGAUGCAGAUGUUGAAACGGCACCGGAACGCGGUCCACGAGCAAGCUCAACGUUACAAGUGCAAGGUUUGCUUCAAGAUAUGCCGCAGUUUGGUCGCUUUCAAGAUGCACGUCGCUCUGGAGCACAAGACCGAGGAGGAGGACGAGGAGGCGAAGGACGCCGAGAGUCUGACGUACUCCUGCAACUUUUGCAACUACGAGAGCACGAACAAGUCGACGCUUCACUCGCACAUCAGCAGGAAACACUCGAGCAAACGUAUGAGCAGACGAAGGAGCAGCUACAGGUAUGCGGCAGCAGCGGCUGCGGAGCCCGAGGAGUAUUCGUGCGACGUGUGCGAGUUCAAGUGCCAGAACAGGCGCCGACUGAAGGAACACCUGGAGCGGAAACACGCGUCGGAGUACAAGUACGACUGCGAGUAUUGCGGCAAGAAGUUCAAGGUGAAGGGUGACAUGAGGCUGCACGUGCGAUUCAAGCACAAGGAGGGGCCGAUCGUGUGCGACGUGUGCGGGAAAACUUGCUCCAACAGCAACUCGCUGUACGUACAUCAAAAGUGGGCGCAUUUCAAGCCAAAGUACGAGUGCGAGAUCUGCAAGAGGCGCAUGGUCACCCAGGAGAAUCUCGACCAGCACAUUUUGCUGCAGCACGAGAGACGGGAGAGCUUCGUCUGCGAGGAGUGCGGGAAAUCGUUCACGGAGAACCAUCGGCUGAAACAGCACAUGAUGACCCACACCGGCGACAGGCCGUACGACUGUCACAUAUGCGGCAAGGCUUUCGCACGUCGCACCGCGUACAGGCAACAUUUGCUUAUCCACACGGGCAAACGACCGUAUAUCUGUGAUAUUUGCGGCAAGACGUUCACGCAGAAGCCUGGCCUGAUCUGCCACCGGAAAUCGCAUCCCGGCGUUCAUCCACCGUUGCCCGUCGUGCACAUAGAACAUAUCCUCAGCGAUUUUAUGAAGAAAGAAUGAUGGUGACGCGGAACCAGACGCGUGCGCCGUGCACGUUUUAACGAAGGGACGAAGCGACGUCGUUGAAUGUGAAAAUUUAAUCUUAAUCCAGAUAUCUUCGAACGUUUGAUUCUCUCUGAGCCGAGAUCGCCGUAUCUUCGUCAAAGAAGUUUUAUUUUCUGAGUGGUUCUUAAAGUUGCAUAAUAAUUUACUGACAUUAACAAAUUGAUUGGUUAUUAUUCGUAUCAUUUUGUAUUCUUGAUAUGUUGAUACUGCAAUUCAUUUCUUCAAUUUUGUGGCAUUAAAAUUUAAAAAUUAUAUCGAAUCUUUACAGACAAACUUAUCCUUGGAGAUAACUGACGACUUGAGAUCGAAUGAGUUCAUUAAUUCUGUGUUGAUUGAAUUUUCCUGAAACAUUAAAACUUUCUUUCUAUCAAUUGACAUUCAAAUUUGCCUCAAAGUGUUAGGCAGAGUUGAGAAAUAUUAAGAAUUCAAUGACUACAGAAUUAACAGAAUUAAAUUUUCGUAUUACACAUAAUGUCGGUUAGGUUCUACAAACCUGUAAGGAAGAAUAAUUGAACAGGUGCUAGAAAUCGUAUUGCUUUGUAUUCAUCUUCCUGAGAGAACGAUACACAUAUCUGGAUUAAGAAAAGGUUUUCGUGUCCUUCGCACCGAAAGAUUUUAUAUUAUCUAGGUUCAAUUAAAAUGAAGCUGUUGAAUCGAUUGCAAAGUCACCAGAAAGAGAGCGUUUGUCUUCCUGGGUUUAUUAUCCGCACAUCGUUAAUUGCAGAGUUCUAUCUAUAAUUUUGUAUAAGAAAAUGACGAGAGGAGAAGCUUAAAUUUUUUCAUCCUUUAAACUCAACUAUUUAAUGUUUACGAUUGAGCAUGUACGUCAACACUGAGAUUUACCAAGGAUUUUACUUGCUCAUGUUCUCGUUCAGCCUCAUACGUAGAAUUAGGCAAAGAGGAAACUAUAAUUUUGUACGAAUCAGUUUGAUAUGAAAUUGUGCGAAGCGAAUCAAUCGAGGGAACAGACAUGUUGCGAAAUAUAUUAUAUACAGAAUGAGAUUAUAAGAAUUUAUUUUGGGCACAAUCUCGUGGCAGAGAUAUAUAUUUUUCUUGACUAUCGUCCAAGGUUCUUCAUAAUUGUCCGUCAUUAUUUAAAAUAAAACAACAUGAUUUUCAAUACGA